AAAGCAAUAAACCUUUCUUCAGAUAUUUCUCCUUCUUUUCAGUUUCUAACAUGGUAUAAAAACUACAAGCUCCUGGUUCUUCUUUUUUUAAUCUUCACUGUUUGGCUUAUGAGUUGGUUUUUCAGAUCUAUUCCAGAUCAGAAACUUUGUCAUUGGGUUCUCUUCUCUUACAAAUUGGAUUGUUUAUUCUCAGAACCAUGACUCAUCCUGUUGCUACAAUGGUUGUCAAAGAAGUGAUAGACCAACCUAUUGUCAACCCUGAAUUUAUGGUGAGUUUUGAAAGAACUAUGACUCAUCCUGCUGCUGCAAUGGUUGUCAAAAAAGUGAUAGACCAACCUAUUGUCAACCCUGAAUUUAUAAAACAGGUGAUAUUAAAUCAUCUUAAUGCUCCUAUGGUGUCAUCUUCUGAUCAACCUCCACUUUUUACUAACCCUUCUAUUGAGCUAUUUCCUAGUGAAUUUGAUGCAAAUACAUUUGAUGAGCUCCAUGAUGCCUCCCUACAUGCCCCACCUAGUUCUAUAGAAGAUGCUUUGCUUGUUGGUAAUGCAUUAGACAAUGAGGAAGUUUACAUGCAACCACCUCCUAGACUUGAGCAUCCUCCAAACAAAGUUUGUCAAUUGAAGCGAGCUUUGUAUGGUUUGAAACAAGCACCUCGAGCUUGGUUUGCCAAGUUUGCACCACCAUCAGUGAAUUUGGUUUUACUUUUAGAUCUCAUGAUACUACGUAUUCAUGAUCUUAAGCAAUUUCUCAAUCAUAAGUUUGAGAUGAAAGAUCUUGGUGUUUUGAGUUAUUUCUUGGGACUUGAGAUUGCAUCUACUCAUUUUGAGCCAAAUGUUCGAUUUACAUCUAUGGAUGGUUCUCCAUUAGCUAGUCUUACUUGCUACAGACAAUUGGUUGGAAGUUUGAUUUAUCUCACUACAACACGACCAUACAUAGCUUAUGCAGUUCAUGUUGUUAGCCAGUUUAUGGCUACACCUUACUUCACUCACUAUGCAGUAGUACUUUGCAUUAUUCGCUAUAUUAAAGGUACCAUUUUUCAUGGACUUCACUUUUCUACUCAUUCAUCUCUUGAACUUUGUGCUUACUCUGAUGCUGAUUGGGCUGGAGACUCUGAUUAUCGUAAAUCAACCACUGGCUAUUGUCUUUUUCUUGGUGAUUCCUUAAUCUCUUGGCGUAGCAAGAAGCAAACAGUUCCAUCAUGUUUUAGCACAGAGGCCGAAUAUCGAGCACUUGGAGACACCACAUCAGAGUUACUUAACUUAUGUUGGUUACUAAAAGAUAUGGAUGUUCCUCAACCACCUGUUACUAAUCUUUAUUGUGACAAUCAGAGUGUUAUGCAAAUUGCUCAUAAUGAUGUCUUCCAUAAACGCACUAAACAUAUUGAGGUCGAUUGUCACUUUAUUCGCCAUCAUGUUGCACAAGGAACUAUUCAUUUGGUUUUCAUUGGCUCUGCUAAUCAACUAGUAGACUUUUUCACUAAGGCUCAUUUUCUUGGACGCUUUCGUACUCUUAUUUCCAAACUUAAGUUGGUUUCAUCGCAACCACCUUGAGUUUGAGGGGUAAUGUUAAGAUGUGAACACAUUUAUUGUGAACACUUUAUACCUUAGAAUAUUCUGUUUAUAU